CCCCGCCGUCCGCUUCCGGCCGGGCUCGCUGCCACCGCAGCCGUCUGGGUUUCGUUUGGAGAGCGUCCAGCAGGCCCGGCUCGUCUCGCGGCCACGUGGCACGGCCCCACCGGCCUGGCGUUCCCGCGCGCCGAGCGCCCUCCACCGCCCCCUGACCUGGGGUCCCCCGAUUCCCCUCCGUGCGAGCGCGGCCUCAUGGCCGGGGCUCAGCGCUUUCGGUUCCGGGAGGAGUCAGGCCCUGGAGCCCACGGGGCCGUGCUGGAGGUCCGCGUCCCGCAGGUCCUGCAUGUCCAAUAUGGGAUGUAUGUUUGGCCCUGUGCUGUAGUCCUGGCCCAAUACUUGUGGUUUCACAGAAGAUCUCUGCCAGGCAAAGCUGUCUUAGAGAUUGGAGCUGGAGUGAGUCUUCCAGGUAUUCUGGCUGCUAAGUGUGGUGCUGAAGUCAUACUAUCUGACAGCUCAGAGCUGCCCCACUGUCUGGAGAUCUGCCGGCAGAGCUGUCAACUCAAUGACCUGUCAUACAUUCAGGUUGUAGGGCUGACAUGGGGCCACAUAACCAAGGACCUGUUGUCUUUGCCACCACAAGACAUCAUUCUUGCAUCUGAUGUGUUCUUUGAACCAGAAGAUUUUGAAAGCAUUUUAGCCACUGUGUACUUUCUGAUGCAGAGGAACCCCAAAGCUCAAUUUUGGUCUACCUAUCAGGUCAGGAGUGCUGACUGGUCACUUGAAGACUUGCUCUACAAGUGGGAUAUGAAAUGUGUCCAUGUUCCUCUGGAAUCUUUUGAUGCAGACAAGGAAGAUCUGGCGGCGUCUGCCCUCCCAGGAAGGCAUACUGUUGAAAUGCUGGUGAUCUCCUUACAGAACAGCUUUUGAGUUGUACCUCUAGCUGUUCGGGGACAGUGUCAAACUCAAAACACCUGGCAUUAAGAUGAGCCGUGUGCCUGAGAUGUCAUGCACAAGAUACACUCAUGGGCAACAACUUUUUUAACAAAUUAAAACACUGGAAAAGGACUUGGAUUAUUCU